AUGUCCAGUUGGGACUCACCACCCGAUUACCCCCUCAGUUCAGACUUAGUGAGGAGAUUAAAGUCUGCCCUGGCCACUGGGGACAAGGACACUGUGCAGGAACUGAUCUGCACUGAGGUGGAGCCCGUGGACGCUGUGAUAGAGCUGGCUAAUGACGACUGGAUGAAGGACCCCUCAGCUCAGCUGCCCACGGCAGUGCUGCUAGGAGACCUGGACAAUAUUCUAUCCCUCAUGAACCAGUUCUUCCAGGAUGCCAACGUGGUGUUUGAGAUCACUACUGGAGAGAUGGAGUGGCAGGUGACAUCCUUGGCCACUUUUGGGCUCUCAGGCCUCUGGACCCUGGAGUACAAGCGGGAGCUCACCACACCGCUGUGCAUCGCUGCAGCCCACGGCCACGUGUUCUGCGUGCGACACCUUCUCAGUCACAGCGCUGAUCCGGAUGCCAGGCCCGGAGGUCGUGGUGCCCUACACGAGGCCUGCCUCGGGGGCCAUACCGCCUGCACCCAGCUGUUGCUGCAGCACGGGGCAGACCCAGAUCUGCUCAGCGCCGAGGGCCUGGCACCCCUGCAUCUGUGCCGCACACCCGCCUCUCUGGGGUGCGCGCAGGCGCUGCUGGAGCACGGCGCGACAGUACAGCUGGAGUGCGGCCCUGGCCGGGACACGCCGCUGCACGUGGCGGCCCAGUACGGCCUGGACGAGCACGCGCAACUCUACCUGGGCCGCGGCGCGCGCGUGGACGCGAGGAACGGUCGCGGCGAGACAGCCUUGAGCGCGGCGUGCGGAGCGGCGACGCGGAGCCCUGACGAGCACGCGCGCUGCCUGCGGCUGUGCGCGCUCCUGCUGCGCGGCGGCGCGGCGGCAGACGCGCGCGACGAGGACGAGCGCAGCCCGCUGCACAAGGCCUGCGGCCGCGCGCGCCCCAGCCUGUGCACGCUCCUGCUGCUGCACGGCGCCGACGCGGGCGCGCUCGACUACGGUGGAGCGUCGCCGCUGGCGCGCGCACUGCAGACGGCCACGUGCGCGCCCCCGGCAGCGCCACAGCGCACGGUGCAGGCUCUACUCAACCACGGAUCCCCCUUGGUGUGGCCCGACGCCUUCCCCAAGGUGCUGAGGACCUGUGCACAGGUGCCCGCUGUCAUUGAAGUUCUCGUCAACUCCUACACUAAGCUCCGAGUUUCCGAGUCUUGGCAGGAGGUGAUUCCUGAAGAAGUAUACCAGAUGCACGAGCCUUUCUACAGGUCUUUCUUCGCCUUGGCGCACAACCCACGCUGCCUGCAGCACCUUUGCCGCUGCGCCAUCCGAAGGCUCUUAGGCAAGAAGUGUUUUCUCCUUGUGCCCCAGCUACCCCUCCCCGAGACCCUGCAAACGUAUCUGCUUCUGGAGCCAGAGGGUGUUCUGCGUUGA